AUGUCAUCCAACGCUGCUCAUCAAUCGAAUAGCAAUGCUAAUGUUAAUGAGCCACCACAAUAUGAUAAAGAUCGUACUGUUGAAGGUGCUCCAUUGAAGGCGAAUGAACUUGCUGAGAAAUGUACAUCACAAACAUGUGGUCAUGAUGCUGUUGGUGGUGGUACACAAGAAACAAGCAAUGAUAAUUAUGGUCAUCGACAAUAG